AUGGGUAAUUCGAAGUCGCCGGUGGGGAAUGGCUCUCAUAAUCUAGCAGAACGGGGGAAAUUUCUGGGACGGUUUUCCUUCAACACACGGCUCCUCUUGCUUCCAAAGUGCUUCGCCCUUGUUGUCGUGGCAUACGCCCUGUGCCUCGCCUACACAAUGCGUAUCCUCAAUGUGAAGAAGUACGGCGAGCUCAUCCACGAGUUCGACCCAUGGUUCAACUACCGGGCGGCGGAGUAUCUUAGCGAGCACGGCUGGUCUUCCUUUUUCACGUGGUUCGACUACAUGAGCUGGUACCCCCUUGGCCGCCCGGUCGGCUCCUCGAUCUACCCCGGCAUGCAGCUCACCGCGGUGGCAAUCCACCGUGUGUUGCGUGCGGUUGGCAUCCCCAUGUCCCUCAACGCAGUCUGUGUGUACAUCCCGGCGUGGUUUGGCGUGGCAGCGACGGCUGUAAACGCGCUGAUCACUUAUGAGACAACAGGUUCCCUCCUGGCGACUGCGGUGGCGGCGUACACCUUCUCCAUACUUCCAGCGCACCUGAUGCGAUCCAUGGCCGGAGAGUUCGACAACGAGUGCAUCGCCCUAGCUGCGAUGUUGCUGACCUUCUACCUGUGGAUCCGAUCACUGCGAAAUGCGCGGUCGUGGCCAGUGGGGCUGGUGACAGGGCUGGCGUAUGGCUACAUGGUGGCAGUGUGGGGAGGGUACAUAUACGUGCUCAAUGUGAUUGCGUUGCAUGCAGGGCUGUCAGCGCUGCAGGACUGGGCCCUCAACAGGUACCGACCCUCGCUGCUGCGCGCCUAUUCGCUGUUCUUCAUCGUGGGGACCGCCAUCGCAACGCGCGUGCCCCCUGUGGGGAUGGCGCCGUUCAAAUCCCUCGAGCAGCUCUCUGCGCUGCUGGUCUUCGUUUUCCUGUGGGCGCUGCAUGUGUCGGAGGCCCUUCGGAAACGCGCUGGUGUUAAGGGCAUUCGGUCCCGUCAAUGUCUCCGCAUCCGCCUCCGUGUUCUCUCAGCAGUGGCGUGCGGGUUGGCACUGGUGGUGGCAGUGCUGUUGCCCUUAGGGUACCUCCAAUCGUUCUCUUACCGCGUGAGGGCGCUGUUUGUGAAGCAUACAGUCACCGGGAACCCCCUUGUUGAUUCCGUUGCGGAGCAUAGCGCAACGUCUCCUGAGGCAUUCCACGCAUUCUUACAUAUCUGUGAAUCCGGAUGGGUUUUUGGGAUUUAUAUUAUUGGUACUGAAUUGUGUGGUGAAGGAAACGCCGUCCAAGACCUUCGCAAUCGUCUAUUCGGUUACGGCGUAUUACUUCUCCCAUCGCAUGUCGCGGUUAUUAAUCCUCGCGGGGCCUAUUGCAUCGGCACUAACUGGACUUUUCUUCGGACUAACGGCCGAGUACGCUUUCAGCACAUUGUGGUGGGCCGCAACCCCCGGCAAUCCCGAGGCGAAGGUCGGUUCAGCAUCGGCCAAGAAGAAAGAGGUACCCAAAGCAGACACAAAGCAAGGGGAAGCAGCCCGCAAAAGCAAAAGAACAGGCAGUAG